ACCAGAACAUCAUGGCAAUAGCAACACUGUGCGCUGUCGUGGCGGCUCUGAGAGUUCUCCCCAACAGAUCCCAGUUCUUUCCCUAUGAGCACGUGUCUCUGAGCUGUGGGCAGCAGACAAACCUCUGUGGAUGGAUGAUUAAGAGGAACACAUGCACGACCCCAAACAACAACUGCUCCCAAACAUGGCAUGGCAAUAACGGCUCCUUUGAGGCUAUUUACGGCUUUGAUAGUGGAGUGUACUGGUGUGAGUCUGCAGCAGGAGAGCGCAGCGAGGCCGUCAACAUCAACGUGACCGAUGGUUCUGUUAUUCUGGAGAGUCCUAAUCUUCCUGUGAAGGAAGGAGAUAAUGGGACUCUGGGAUGUACAUGCAAGAUGGAACCCUCCUCCGAUCUCAUGAAUGAUUUCGUCCUGAGUUUCCCCCCAAAUCACACCGCUGACUUCUACAAAGAUGGCGUCCUCAUCGGGAGUAGCUCCACAGGAAACAUGACCAUCCACGGUGUUUCUAAAUCUGAUGAAGGGCUCUACGAGUGUAACAUCUCUGGGUUUGGACAAUCACCAAACAGCUGGCUCACUGUCCGAGAAGUAGGACAUCCUGAGGUACCUGACUUUCCCCCUGCAAACACUCAACUUCCUGCGGUGAUUGUGCGCCUUGUGGUGGUUGUCUUGAUUUCUGUGACGCUGCUCUGCCUCUGGAAAAACUGCAAAGAUCUCUGCUUAAAACAGCUGUUUCUCCAAAUCUGAGGGAAUGGAUGGAAGCAAUGGUAGAGACAGCGUCCUACGAGUCUAUGCUCUGCAGACUGAAGGGCAACAUGGAGGACAGGACAAGCCCCUGGGAACUUUUUUG